GGGGCUACAUCCCGCCUUCCUCGACGAGCCAAAGAGAGGAAACAACUCCAUUCAGCCCCACCAUCCGCCCCCCGCCUCUCCGUGUGCCUGUCUGUCUGGCAGGCGGCUCCGCCAAGUCUGAUCCACGCCAUCGCGGGGUUUUGGGGGCAAGCACGGGACAGAUCAGAGGCUUCGACCCGGUCGAUGUGGGAGCCGAACUCCGCGCUGUCAGGAGCUGUAAGGACGAGCCGAAGGGAGAGGUUUCAUUGCAGCAAGUGCAGCACUGUUGCCCACCUUGUCUCCUUCCCUCCCCCCCGGGCGGGGGAGAAAAAUUAACCUAGGUUGUGCGGAACGAGAUUGACGGGAAGGAAGGAGACUCAGACGGGGUGGGAGAGAGGAGUUGAGUGGAUGGCAGAGAGCGGGGCUCAGGAAAUUCAGUUUACUAAAGACAGCAAUGGAGCGAUUUGAUGUAAAGCCACCUCCUUCCCGGAGCCGUUCAAAGACUGCUUUAUACGUGACCCCUCAGGAUCGUGUAACUGAAUUUGGCAGUGAACUGUAUGAAGAUGGGGGGAAACUGUAUUGCAGUUUUUGCAAUGUAGUCCUGAAUCAUGUUCGCAAAUCUGCAAUCAAUGACCAUCUCAAAUCCAAAACACACACCAAACGUAAGGGAGAGUUUGAAGAGCAAAGUGUCAGGAAGAAACCACGAACUCUGACUGCCUCUCUGCAGUGUAACAGCGCAACCCAGACAGAGAAGCCCAGUGUAGUCCAGGACUUUGUAAAAAUGUUUCUGGAAGCUAGCAUUCCCCUUGAGAAGGCUGAUCAUCCAGCUGUGCGAGCAUUUCUCUCUCGCCAUGUGAAGAAUGGGAACUCCAUACCCAAGGCUGACCAGCUGAGGAAAAUCUAUUUGUCUGACGGGUUUACAAAUCAGCUUAUCAAAUCUGAGGAACACUGAGAGGGAAGCCACUUGGUUCUAGGUGUCAAGUGUUACAAUUGCAUAGCAGUGAUGUGGUUUAUUUUUAUAUUCAUGCACAUGCAAUGUUAUAUAAUAGGUUUUGUAUUGUAAAAUGACAAUCUGUCUCAGAAUGUAAUGGUGUACAACCAAGAGUUGAUGGCUAUAGAAUAAGAGUGUAGCACUAGGUUGCUGAACUUUGGGGGGUGGGAAGGGCAGGAGGUGGCAGGUGGGUGCCAUAUUGCUUAGUUUGUAACCCCAGUUCUAAAUAGCGUAGAAAACUUCCUCUGAUUGUUUUUUUUUACAGUAUCUGAUAUUUGUAAGUGAACAAAUUAGGUAUGGCUACACCCAAGUGUUUAAUUUGAGGCUUUAGUACUAAAGGUGUAUACAUAUGUAUCUUAUUUAUUAGGCCCAUAUUCUCAAUAUAAAUUUAUCUUCCAUUUAACUGUAUUUAGAGUUUCUGCAGUAUUCUUAAACUCUGAUUUCCAAUGCAGUUGCCACAGUUCUGCUGUGCAAACAGAUAUUCAAAACUUGCUUUUUGUUUAAUUCUCUGUAAUUACAUACAGUGUGAAAUAACUGACUCUUGCACAGCUCACAUAAAUGCCAAUGCACUUUACACUGAAGGCAAAGCAUAGCACCUGCAUUUAGAUUUUUAUUUUUAUGAGCAUCCCAUUUAUAUCCAGAGUUCCUGAAAGAAAAAUAUAUGAGGCACUUGGCAGAAGUAAAAGGUUUUGCAAAAUUUUAAUUAUACUACAAUUAAUCAGAGGAAGUUGUAAGACUCUGAGAAUAAGCAGUUGCCUAUCGAUGGCAGGGGUGUGCAAACAAUGCCUCUCUCAAGGGGGUUUUUCUGGCAUGCUAUUUCUAUUUCUUACAGUCAGCCUUAAGAAUUCUCUUGGAUAACUUUUUUUUUAAAACAAAAAUCUAUUUGAAUAUCUGAUAUGUUUGAACAUUGUUCAGUUUGAACCUGGGUAAUACAAUUUCCUAGUGUGAAACAGAUUUACUGAUAUCUUUUCCUUCAAUACAUGUUCCCUUCUCUUGUCUGAAAUUCUUUGCUGGAAGCAUGUGAUUAUUGAUAAUUUAAUUCUUGAUUAAAAUAUUCUUCAUGGGUUACUAGCAGCAAUGUAUAAUUUUGUUCAAGUUAAGCACAAUUGAUUUAAAUAGUGCUUUAAAUCCUAUUGAUUUAAACAGUUGUUAUAUAACACCUGUUAAAUUUUGUAAAAAAAAAAAAAGUUAAUGUUCAUUAGAUCAUGCCCCAGAUAUUUAACUUUUUUUUUAGUAAAAUAGCAAAAACAGAGCAGUUUCUAAUGAGUGGUAUGUUUAUUAUUAUUAAAAUGAAAAUGCACAGUCCAUUCCAGUGGGGAAAAAAUAAUGGAACAUUUCACUGUUGAAACCUAUCUGAGUUAGAUCAUGCAUUAUUGUCUUAGCCAUCCAUAUUUAUCUUUCUUUGAACUAAAAUUGAACAGACAGCAAGCUAGGCUGCUACUGUUGCACAUUUGAAAUGUCCAUCAAGUUUAUAACAAAGCUUAAAAUUAAUAAAGGUCUGAGCUCUUCUUGGCUUAUUAAAGUCUGGUGCUUAUACAAAUUGUUCUCUGACUUCUUCCAAGGAUCUGCUUAGCUUAUUAAAAAUUGUGACUUUCAUCUUUAAUUCUCAGAUUUGUAUAGAAACGUUAAGCAGUUUCUUUUUAAAAAAUAGACCUCAGAAGGAGUCAUCCUAUGAGAAGACUCACUGAUAUCAUAAUUAAAUUUUUAUCCAUUAAUUUCAAGAGUUCUGUUUAUAAGUAUGAUUAAGUCUGAAUAUGGCCUAACAUUUCUUUUAAUUUUGGAGGAGCUUAAGGCUUUCUUUGUUGACAAGGAAAUCUUUUCCUUUUCUAUGGUUUGUGCCUUUGUAUUUCUUGUCAAGUUGCUCUGAAUUUUGCAAAAUGUAAUAUUGCUUAUAAUUGUUCAUCAAAGCUUGGGAAAAAAUGAGAUUGUUUCUCCUUCCUUAGCUGACCAUUAGUGACCCUUAAUUUAAUUACUUGUACCUGAAGAAUAAUUUCUAGCACACAUCAGUCAUAUGGUAGUAUAAACAAGACUUGUUAAAUAUUAUUUUUUCAAAUUCUAAAAACUACUAGUUGAGUUCAGUAUUUUAAAACAUGUCCAUAACUAUAUUGGAUUUGCAGGAGUGCUUUUCAGCUUUAUAAACAAAUGUGUCAGUGUAAAAUUUAGGAUUCUAUGAGUGCCUCUUCCUAUAAACUAAGCUCACCAUAAUAAAUUAAAAUUAGGAAAAUGUCAUAGUUUUUAUCUAAAAAGAGUAAUACCUAAACAAUAUGUGGAAUUUUGUUUUUGUUUUGCUGACUUAACUAUCUGAUAUUUAAUUUUAUAGAGAUUUUUCUUUGAUUAGUAAAACUUAUGUAUUAGUUUGAAUAGGGGACUGUAAAUGCAUUGUCAUCAAUACAUGUGUAUUUCUUGUCUGCCUCAUUCAUAAAUGUGUUCUGUAUGAAGUCUAGUAACAGAGUAGAGGCCCUGUAUGUAAUGCAAUGGGAAAUGCAUGUUUUAUAUUUCAUAAGAUUAUAUCAUUAUACUGCUUUGCUACUUCCAUUUGCAAUCUUGUACAUUAACAAGGGCAUACCAGCAGAAGGCAUUUGUUUUUGUAUGUUUUCUUUUCACUCUUCCAGCUAAUGUGCAGAAUGGUGGUCCAUGUGUCUUCCCAUGCUUCUUAAAUGUGUACAUUUUACCACAAAGUGAUAUGUAACUUAUUCCAUGGUACUUGCAUAGAGAGCGUGAAAAGACUGCAGUCUAAUAGGAAAAAAGAAAGUAAAAUUGUGUUUUGAUCUAUAUGGUUAGUAAAAAUCAUGACAAGAGGCAUAACACUUAAACAAAAACCCACCAUUUUAACUGUACAAAAUAAAUUUUUUGUUGACAGUGAGAUUCAGACAAGCAAACAAUGGAAAGUUUACUUGCACCUGCUUUAUUAUUUUAAUGUAAUUGUUCAUAUAAAGUUAACAUUGAAAUCAGUAAAGGCUAUCCAGCCAAGGUAAUAUAAUAUUGUUAGACAGAUUUACAGAUCAGCUAUAUGGAUAUAUAAGCAUGAUUUGGUUUUGAAAAGGCCAAGGCUGUAGUCUUCUGCUUGAGUACUUGAAAGUAAGUUAUGUUGGAUUUUCUGUGAAACUUGCUUCCAAGUAAAUUACAUAGGAUCAUGCUACACCAAUGUAAUUAAUAAGCAUAAGUCUGCAUCUUGCAAUUCAUUAUUAUUUAUUUAUGGUUGUUCACUCUAGUGUGUGUUUAAGACAAGCUUGUAUUCAAGCUUUCUUACAGCUGAAGUAUGGUGUGCAUGUGUGCACAUCUGUGUGAGAAAGACAAAUGUUAGGGAUUCUGAGAAUAUAUUGAAUGCAGCAACAUCAUAAUCAUAAUGUUGGAUAUUAGCAUGGCAUUCAAAACACCCUAAGUGGGUGAAUAAGGAUGCUAAUAAUACUGGGUUGGAUGUAGACUAACUUAGUUAUGCUUUACCCCCAGUAAAAUCAGUGGGACUUGGUCAUGGCUUGCUUUUCACAUUUAUUUCAAUAGAAUUUAAGUAUAGCCCCAAAAAGUGCAAGUCUAAUGAGAAUUAAACUUCAAUAACUUUAAAUGGGCUUCCUUCCACAUAAAUGUGGAACUCUUCUGAAUAGUCCUUCAAAUAUUUGAUGCCCAUCUGACUAUCUUUUAAAAACUAGUCUCUCAACAAAUAUUCAAACCUAAUUUCAAAUGCCAACUUUCAACUUUCAAUCCUAAUAAUGGAUUGAAAAAAAGUUUGACCCAAUCAUUCUAGCUUAUUAUAGAAAGUAAAAUUGGUUUUUUCUAGUUAGGAGUGUUCUUAUAAAAUUCAAAAUUUUUAACAUCUACGGAUAUUUUUGAGAUUUAGUCAAUUGCAACCAUACAAAAUUUAACUGCUAAAUUCUUAAAUUGAUUUUGUCUCUCUCUAGUAACAUUUUUUCCUUUGAACGAAAUAAGGAACAUAAUUACAAUGUUCUGAUGAUUACCAUUUAAUUUAUAGGUGCACAUUGUAUGGAUAAUCUUGCUACCUUUUUUUUACUAUUCCAUCUUGAAUUUGCUGCUAGGGUGAUUUGUUUUGUUUUGUUUUGUUUGUUUUUGGGUUUGCUUAUGCAUGUUGAGUAUUCAUUGUUUUUAUGUUUUUAAAGCUCUGUGUUAACUUUAC